AUGGCGCCACUAGCAAAGAAGGCCCGCACCACGGCCUCACAGGGGAACAUUUCCUCCUUUUUUGGGCCAAAGAAAGCUGUUGAGGCAUCGCAGACGAACGAAAAGCCGGAGCUCAAGGCAGAGGGCUCCACGGAGCUGCAGAAGCCUCCAGGCCAAGUCUGCACACCCACCAAAGACGAGCACCACAAAGUUUGUCCAUCUGUACCGACACCAGAGAAGUCGAGCCCUCCCGUUCCCCGCAGAGUUGCGACUGCCUGCAGUGGCAGAUUUCAGAGUGGCUUCGCACGUGACAAGGCGAGCAGCUGGCAGCAGUACAACAAUCUCUACCGCCUCCGGUUGAAGCAGCUGGCAGGUGCAUGCCGGGAUGAGGCGAAGAGGAAGUGGAGCUCUGUGGCAGGCAAAGGCUUCCUUCAGGAUUUGAGCGAGUUCCGUGGUGGCAGCGAUAUGGAGAUCGUGGUUGUGGGGGUGCUGUUCAAGGAGCUGCACAACCGACCAAAUGUCAUUGACCAGUACAAGGGCAGCAAAGCUCUGCUCAACGGUGCCAAGGAAGAAGUUUCCGUGUUGUACUCCGAGAAGGAUACCUUGUGGCUGGAGGAUUGCGUAAUGCGAGUCCAGCUAGAAGUCGACCAAGAAGUGCUGGCCGUGCUUGCCACAGGCUUUGUUGUGGCAGUGCGCGGUGUGGCGACACAGGCUGGUACCCUUAGAGUCCAUGGCGUGCAACUGCCGAGGAUGCCAGUGAUGCCUCCGAUCUCUUCGUCUGAGACAAGUGGGCCAUUCAUUGCCUUCGUCUCUGGUUUGGGUUUUGGCGACCAGAAAAAUAUGGAGGCGAGAGCAAAGGCUCUUGAUUUUCUCUCUGGCAAGGUGCCGGGACCAGCUGUUCAACACGUGGUGGUAUGUGGAGGCUGCUUCGCCCAAAGCUGUCAAGUUGACAGCGAUGUGAAGGCAGUGGCCGCAGCACUGCGGCAAAUGGAUACCGAGAUGCUGCCACUGGUCGAGGCAAAGUCUGUCCAGGUCAUGCCAAGUUAUGGCGAGCCAACCAAUGCCAGCAUGCCGCAGCUCCCGUUUCACCGCAGCCUCUUCCAGCUCUCCUCGUCUUCCGGCUUCCGGCCUGUAGGCAACCCUUGCAGCCUGAACUUCGACGGCUUGGAGGUCCUGGGACAUUCCGGGGAGCCGGUGAAGGACCUGCUGCGUUGCACGCAGCUCCAGCCCAUGCAGGCUCUGCAGAAAUGCCUGGAGGCACGCCACUUGGCUCCAACUGCGCCGGACACGCUUCUGACGCAGCCCUUCGAGGACUCAGAUCCGUUCGUUCUGGAGUCCGUCCCGCACAUCCUUUUCUCUGGUGGCCACGACAAAGCUGUGCAAGCCUGGCACCCAUGUGCCCGAGGUGGAGGAGGAACCCAGUGCAUCUGCGUUCCUGCUUUCCAUUUGCAGCCUGCCGUCGUUCUGGUCAACUUGCGAGACCCUCGGGAUGUGCGAGUUGAGGAAUUUUCUGUGACGCAGAAGUAA